AUGGCGAACAGGUCGUUUCAGCAAACAUCCCCAGUGAAGAGAAAGCCGCUGCCACGAAACUCAAGACACAGCAGUGCUUUCUAUGAUGGCGCCUUACAAGAUGACGCAUACCCUAUGAUCUCCUUCGACGACAGAUCCUCCUGGGCCCUGCCUCCUUUUCCAGACUUCAAUCACGCAGAGACUGCAUACGACCCUCAGACGUAUCUCGACGCCCCGAGUCCGACCCAGCAUCACGGCAAGAUCGCCGGACAACAACAGGUUGGCAGCAGUCAUAGCUUCGAGACCUCUUCUCUUCCAGAUCAGUGGGAGGACUCGGAAGCAUCUAGAAAAGCCCCGUUCGUCUGGCAAAAUGACAUCCCCCAAAACAAGGACGCGCAAGUUCUUCCGCGAACGUGGAACCCGACUUGGUUACGCAAACCAAUUCUGUUUGGAUUUAUUCUACUCUUUUUAGCCCUGAUCGCCGGCCUGGUCAUCCUGGCGCGAUUUGCGCAAAUCGAGAAUGGAAUCAGAACUGCCAUCACAAGCAAUCAUUAUGCAUGGACUUAUGGUCCGACCGCACUGCUCGUUGUGAUCCUUGUGCCCUGGAGACUGGUUGACUUCCAUUGCCGAGCUUUGGCACCAUGGUCACAUCUUCGGCAUGGCCCAGCGCCGGCCAAGGAAUCUCUACUCCUAGACUAUAUCUCGCCUCCUUUACCCCUAGCUCUGGCAAAAGCUGUACCAAACCACGAUUGGGCCGUGGUGGCUAGUGGUGUGGGUAUGCUGCUGCUGAGAAUUGUCAUCGUCUUCAGCACUGGUCUGCUUGUACUUACACCGACCUCCGACACCAAAGUCGUCUCUGAUGCUCUUGUGAACUCAAAAUUCGUGGGCACGAAUUUCACAAUUGGGCCUUCUGCCAUUGACACCGAACUGAUGGAGUUCUACGGCAUACAAGAACGGGGGCUCAAUUAUCAAUACGGCACGUCAGCGAGUGUCGCAUAUGAUACUCUUGACUUACAGUCUCUACCUGCAAACUCAACCGUGACAGCAACGGUGAACGGCGUGUUCCCUUUCUUCGACUGCGAAGUGGUCACACCGGAAGUGAUUGGCAACAAUUUUACUUGGUCGAACGAUGGUUCAUACCCUUACGGAGAUCUCCUAGAACUGAGGCUUACACUGUCUCCUGCUCAUUGUCCUCCAAUGUCGUCCUACUACCAGUUGUGCCAGGCACCCAAUUGCCCUGUUGGGCGAUCCAUCAUCUCUGACGAGAGCUGGAACACGUUCGGUCCACCAAUUGACGAUCUUGAUCCAUGUUCCAACCUCUACGCGCUCACCUUGAUAGACAUCACAUUUGAAAAGGUCACAGGGCACCCCCAAAAUACUAGCGCUGCCUGGAACGUCAACUUGGCCGAAUCGGUUGGACUAGUUUGUUCUCGCGGAUACACCAUCGACAAGGUCAACAUUACGAUAAAUACCGCCAAUCCCACCUCAAAGGGCGGAGUUAACACGACCGGGCCGUUGGAGCGCGUGGCAGAUGUGCUGCCUGGAUACUCAUACUACAAUCUGAGUAUGGCUUUCGAGAAUGAAGUCUUCGUAAAUAGCCUUCCCCCUACACCAGAAGCUCCGAAGAUAUAUGACUUUGCCAACUUCUUCGCCAUCCUUGCGGGCGGAUCCGCUGUUGAUCUUUUAAAUGCCACAAUAUUGAGAGCCACUGCCGAAAAAGCGUUCAAGGGCGUGGGUGUUCAACUUGCCCAUUCAUAUCUACGCAAACGUGACAACGCCACAACCACAGCCAGCGUUGUAUAUCAGGAACCAAGACUUCAAGUCCGAGAGCUGAGCGUGUGGGCCAUGUGCGCAGGGUUUGCUUUGCUGGCACUCGCCGCUGCCGCUGUUCUCCAAUGGCGCACAACAGACGUGGUCUCGCGGCAGCCCAACUCUAUUGGCGCUCAAGCAGCUAUACUUGCCGCGAGUCCAACGCUUCAGAGGUCGUUGGAGGCAGUCUCGAGCUACUCAAGUGCACAGUCCAAUGCUCAUCUUGAGGAUUUAGUGGCCACUUCUUCCUUUGACAGUGAGCGUGCAAACCCGGAAUUCUCUAUCAAGACCACCGUGCAGGAAGGAACUCAACAACGACCAGCCGAUGAACACGGCAAUCAUUCUUGGUGGGAAACUAGCUCUACCACACCCUGGUUCAUGUCAGCAGCUCUUGGGCUACCGCUCACGGUCAUUGCGGUUUUGGAAGUCUUGCAACGCGAAUCAGACGCCCACAAUGGGUUGGUCACCAUUUCAAGCUCUGGUAUCUAUCGUUCACUGCCGACAAUCCUUACGUCAGUCGUUCUGAUAUGUAUCGCAAUCAUGUACGAUGCGAUCGAUUUCGCUGCAGCGACACUUGCCCCGUAUCAGGCUUUGACUCGUGGAAGUGCGCCGGCAAAGCAAACAUUGCUGAGGACAUCAUCCGGCGAGCUCCCAAUUUGGUCCACGUUGAAAGCGGUUCGUGAGCGCCAUAUGGAAGCUGCUGUUGCAUCAAUGGCCGCCCUGAUUGGCAGUUUGUUGACAAUCAUCGCUUCGGGCCUUUAUACUAUUGAAGGCGUCCCAGUUGUUCUCGGUGUUUCCGUCACCACGUCCGACAAAUUUGUGCCCUCAUUCGGGACUACAUCAGACGGGUCGGCUGGUGCUAUUUUCACGCUGAUCGAACAGAACAACGGGUCUUACCCAGCAUUCACAUACGACGGACUGGCAUUUCCGAAGAUUGAGCCCUCUUCCUUAGGAGCCGAGGCUCUGAAACAGCUGGGCGAUUCUGCAAGCCCACUAACCCUUCACGCCGAUGUUGUGGCUAUGAGGGCAUCACUUAACUGCACCUUGGUCCCCCGAGAGAACAUGAACAUGACGAUGCAGGGAGCACCCAGUGCUCAUGCUGAUCCUAGCUGUCGAGACAACCACAUCACGUUCUACGCCGAUCUACCCCCGACAUGCCCACACUUCUUGACUGGAGACAACGAAUUAGUGACGAAUAUUACGUUCGCGACUGAUGUACAGCAUAAUUGUGGGGAUCCGGGUGGUCUUUCCAUACAUGAGCAAGUGGUUCUCAAUAACCAGGGCGCGACAGACGCAUUCCUCACCGAUGAUAACGUAGGGUAUACCUUGGGGGCGGCAAGCAAUCCCCCUGGAUGCCCAUCCUUGGCAUUCAUGUCUGGCUACUUUGUCGAAAAUGUCACCUCGACGGAGAAUGUGACAGCAAUGACGUGUAUUCAAGGGUUGGAAGAGGUACACGCCGAGACUAUCUUCAUAGUCUCCUCGGACGGCUCUUUUCAGGUCAAGUCGGAGCCGAAAGUCGAUGAGAGCUCAGCAAGGUGGCUUCAGGCGUUCAAUAGCACGUUUUGGUUUACGAACUCGAAGACCUUCGCACCCUUCGACCGGGAGGCCCCGACUCUGUUGACCGACUACUUUUACUCCCAAGUCAACUAUGGCCCCGAUGGAAUCCCCGCCGACGAGCUGACAGGCCCUGCAAACACGCAGCGCUUCGUUGACGCCACUCAGCGCAUGUAUCGGCGGUACAUGGCCCAACUCAUCCACGGCACCAUGCGCCGCAGCCUGAACCAGACCGAAGCCGCAACGGCGCCCCAGUACCGCGGGUCCGUCUCUGGCGUCGAAAGGCUCCGGCUCAAACAGAACGCCACGUCGAAGCUGAUCCUGCAGAUCUUCCUCGGCAUCAUGCUCGCCUGCGGCCUCUUCGUGUACGGUCGGCGCAACAUGCGCCGUAUCCUGCCCCAGGGUCCGUGGAGCAUCGUGGGCACCAUGAGCCUGCUCGCCGGCAGCGAGGUCAUUGACAGGAGGAUCAUCCCCGCCGGUGCGGAGUUUAUGAGCGACGACGAGCUGAAGAGAGUGUUUGAGGGUUACGUCUUCAGCCUGGGGUGGUGGGACACUUCGCCAGAUAACGGAACGAAUAGUCCAGCAGCAGGAGGACAAAAACAACGAAGAUUCGGUAUCGACAUCGGCAAGGCAGACGCUGGUGCAAAAACAUGA